AUGCACGUCCGCUCGUUGGUGGCAGUGGCCGCGAGCGUGCUGGUCGAGUCGGCCAACGCAGUCAACAUCUGCAAUGCCUUGACACCUGGCUCGUGGACGCAAGCCGCCAAUGCCAACCCCCAGCUCCAAGGCGCGCUCAACGAACUCAGCAAAUACGCCGUCGCGACGUGGUACACGGACCGAUGGGGCGACGCCGUCAACGACCUCCUUCAAAAGUGCACCGGCAGCCAAGUGCCUUCGAUUGUCAUCUACGGCCUCCCGAACAAAGACUGCGCCGACGGGUUCUCGAGCGGCGGCACCAACAAAGACGCUGCCAUGUACAAGGCGUGGGUGCAAAGCUUGGUCGCCCGCGUCGGCUCGCGCGAAGUCGUGUACGUGCUCGAGCCGGACGCGAUCGGACUCCUCUCGAACAACUACUGCGCCAAACAGUUCAACUACCUCGACAACCUGAAACUCGCCCUCGGACUCAUCUCGGCCGGCAACCCCAACGCCAAGGUGUACGCGGACGUGGCGUCGUGGGCCAACAUCGCCGAAGCCACCAAGGUCUUGAACGAGCUCAAGUCCGCGGGACGCCUCCACGGCGUCACCAUCAACACGUCCAACUACAAGACGAAUGGCCAGCUCCUGUCGUUUUGCAGUGCGAUUUCGUCGGCGACGGGAGGCCUUCGGUGUGUGUUUGACACGUCUCGCAACCACCGCGGGUCUGUCGGGGACGAGUGGUGCAACUCGCGGUCGGCGGGCAUCGGGGCUCCUCCUGGCUCCGACACGGGCAAUGCGCUCGUCGAUUUCAACUUGUGGCUCAAGGUUCCUGGCGAGAGCGAUGGCGAGUGCAACGGUCGGACGCCGGACGCCAGGGUCGGGCCGUCGGCGGUUGGUUUGUGGACGUGA